AUGAAACAACGCCCAGUGGUCGACCCGAAUAAAAUAGCCGAAACAAAUCAACGACUGGACAACAAACUACGGGAUUUGAGCACCAAUGACAAGCAGAAACAGGAGCUGGUUGGAGGGUUGGCGAGGAAGGGGGAUAAGGAUCGAGAACGGAUGAAUGAAGAAACGAAGAGGCUCAACGACAAGAUACACCUAAUUACGACUGAGGUAACCAAAUCGAUGAACGACGCGCAACAGAAGCUACGCGAUGAUAUGAAUCAACGAUUAGCAGGCCUAGAAGCUGCGCUAAAGCAUCAAGCCGACACGUACGCUGCCCGGGAUGAGGAUAUGAGGAGGAGGAUUGAGGCUGGGAUGAAUGGACAUGCUGAACAGAUUGAGAGUCUCGGGAAAGCUGUGCAGAAUGAUCGAAACAAGAACAAGGAGCGUUUCCAAAAAGUGAACGAAGCCCUCGCAGCACUGGAACAUCACCUCGAGUUGGGGAAUAAAAAGCUCGACAAAAUGGUCACCGCCGAGAUGCAGAAUAGGAAACUGCACGAGAAAGGGCUGCUCUCAAAGGUCCAGGAAAUAGAGGAGAAGCUGAAUGGGCAUAUGGGAGGACUGCAAAAGGCGAUAACUGACGUCGAGAGGGGCAAGGAGAAUGUCAAGAUGCCACAGCUCGAUUUUGAUGCCUUACGACGUGAAAUGGAGGCCAUAGCAGCGGAUAAAAACAAACUAUCGAUGGAAGGGCUACUGAAGCUGGAGGAGAAAAUGUCAAAAGUACAGCAAAAUCUGCACAAAGAUAAGCGAGAAAUCAGCGAUAGGCUGGGAAAUAUGACGGACAGCUCGGAGCUUCAUAAAGUCAAGAAACAAGUCGACAAAUUGGACGAUAUAAACCAGGAAAUGGAAGAGACGCAGGAGAGGAUAAGGGACAAAGUGGAGAAGCAGAUACCGCAAGACCUAAACGAACUAUCAGCAAAAGCGGAUAACAUCAAGCAUCAACUAAACGCGAGGAUAGAUAAAGAAGAAGAGGAGAGAUACCUCGCUAUCAAAGAGCUACAAGAAGCCUAUACUCGGCUUCAACAAUCCCCGGGAGUCGCUCAAAACGUGGCUAGAGGUGAUGCCCAGCAGGCGGUUGAGGGCCAAGUGCGUCGUGACGUCGACGAAUGCAAGAUUGCGAUUAAAAAAUUGGCCGAGUCGGUGACGACUGUCAAGAAUGUGUUGGACAAGAAAAUUGUCGAUGAAGUGAAGCAGCGUCAAUCCGAUGUUGAACGUCUUGACGCGCAGAUGAGGCGACAA